AUGGAUCUCAAUGAUAAUAAUUAUUCUUUUACUGCUCGCAUGAUCCGCCGGGCUCAGAAUCAAAAAUCUCGCAACACAACAAUAAGCGAUAACACAAACGAGUAUAUAAAGAGCAAACACAGCUCCUAUUGUCCAAUUGAGGACAAAUCAGGCCAACGAGGAGCGAAAAAUAAUGGGAGUUGUGUAGUACCCCGUGGGUGGGAAACAGGAGGAUCGACAGCUACAACUACCCUACAUUUGGAAUCCAAUGUCAGGAUAAAGACCCAAACGGAAGGAAACAACUCGACAAUAACUUCGCUCUCGGCUAAAAUCAAUGACCUGGAUGCUCAGAUCGCAGAUUUGGGAAUUCAGGAAACUUUGCCAAUUAGUAUACAGGCUGAUCGUUCCGCUAAAAUUUACCCCACGCUGAUCGACAUUAAAUAUCACAGCCCCAGUUCUCAUUCAAAUUCCAAUUCCACCGACAAAAAAUCACCAAUUAACAUCGACAACAACGCUAACAUCGUCGAGGAUAAUUUCAAGACACCAAUAAAGCCUCCCAGGCGUAAACCUAACUUAGAAUCGACUCGCAAAGUGUCUCCCAAGUCAGGUCCGUCCAGCAAAACCGACUCACCGGUUGGCACUGAGUGUACAAUUUCGACAAUCCAGCUAGUAGACAGUCCAUUGUCCUGUCCGCCUCCCAGAGAUGAAGUCGAAGAAAACAAAGCUUACAUAGAAGUAGGAAGCCCUAUUCUUCCCGAAGAAGUCGAACAUUUUCUAGAGAACGCUCUGGGAGACGAACUUUAUAACAGUUCAGUAACUUACGGCUUAGGAGUUGACAAUUCUAACGUCAACGCCUCGGAUUUGAUGUCCCAAACUCCUUCAAAAUCUUUCAUCAGAAGAGUAAAGAGCUUCUUCACUCGGCAGCGCUCGACUGCCAAGAGCAAUACUCAGUCGAUGAUAUCUCCAAAGGACUUCAAACCAUUGCAUAAUCCUGGAAGGAGCGCUAAGCUGUACAGAUCCUUGUCUUCUAGGGUUAAGAAGAAAUUAAGAGGCAGUUUAAUGAAAGAAGAACCGGAGACCUCUGUUGCGCUAUUGCCGGAUUAUUUGCAGCUCCCGAGGGACAGUAUUAACAGCCAGAAAAUUGAGAAACUUUUGCAGGAAGUGAGGAUUCAAACAACGAUUCUUAAUCAAGCUAGCAAAGCGCUGGAAAUGUGUCAGCUGAAGAAAGAGUUUAAUGCAAGUCGGGAAGAAAUAGAGUCCCAGCGCUUGUUGCUCCUGGCUGAUAUUCGCAAGAGGUUGCUGCUCCAGGAGCUCAAGGGUCUCAGUGGAAUUUCAGAGGACUUGCAGCUGCUUAACAAAACAGAGGAUUCGUCAGUCCGGUGCGGGACUGUUAGUAUUAAAGACAUUAAAUUGACCCUUCGUGAGUGUCUUUACCGUGAAUCAGAACCCGGAGAGAUUCAAGAGUGGUUUGUUAUUGUAAUUACCGAGGGAACUAACGUCUACGCGAGUUCUGCUAUUUGUUGUCCGGUGGAGAGCUUUGUGUUAAGCUUUCCCGAGUUCAGCUGUGUGAUGAACGACCUGUCGCCGAGUUUGAAAAUUUUACUGGAAGUCUAUGUCCUGAAAUUGACCACUGGGGUCAGUUAUCAGCACGAGUUGAAGUACCACAUUGAGUAUGAUGAGAAAAACACUUCCUGUCCGUCGCCUACGAAGUUAUUGAAGAGAGUCGAGCGACCUUUGUCGCCUAAAACACGCCGUCCGGUGUUUCUGACCUCCUCUUUCGCAGUUUGUGGCAAUGUGGAGCUUACUUUGAGAGACUUGACGAUCAGUACACCUUGGCCGCUUGCAGGAGUUCCGAGGGAUUCAAUUUUACUGGGGACUAUUGAUCUCAAUAUCAAUUGCAUUCUUAAUUUUUCUUUAGACCACAAGGGCUUUGUUAACUAUUUGGAUGAAUAUGAUGGCUUGACUUACUGGACCCGCAGAUGGUGUGUCAUUCAAGGCAGCCAUAUACUAUUUUGGAAUUAUCCAGAGGACCAGGAGGACAAACCGCCUGUGGUUACUAUCGACCUGCAUUGUUGCGCUUCUGAUAAAAUAAAUCAUGUCACUAGGUCAAUGUGCGCGAGACCAAGAACUCUGUUGAUUGAAACUCUCAGGCAAAUUGACGCUAAUGAUAAACCAAGUCUGUUGAUUGAAUGUCAUUCAGGAUUUACUCUUGUCAAACAUUUAUUAUCUUAUGAAACAACACGUGAACUUGUUGAUGUUAUGGAUAAGAUGAAUUACGUAUUAGGAAUUCUUCGUAAAUGGAAAGUUACGACGACAAUCCCCCCUCCAAAGCCACCAGGUUUACCAGAAAUGGUUUCUGAAUUGUAA